AGCCCUGGCCUGAGGGGGCAGCAGUGGUGGCCAUGGCCGAGCCAGCCCCGGGGCAGCACCAGACCCCGGCACAGGAGGGGAAAGGGCAGCCCCCACCGCUGCCACCAGUGCCUGGGGCAUGAGGGAGACUGCUUCUCCAGGCCAUCCUGAGGAGAAGGCCGUUCCAUCCGGAAACACAGGCCAUGUGGGGCUCCCAGGAGCUGCUCCUGCUCUGGUUCCUGGUGCUGGCGGCGGGUGGCACCGAGCACGUCUACCGGCCCAGCCGCAGGGUGUGUGUCAUCGGGGCUCCCAGGGGCCCCGUGUCCGAGUCCUUUGUGCAGCGUGUGUACCAGCCCUUCCUCACCACCUGCGAUGGGUACCGAGCCUGCAGCACCUACCGGACCCUCUACAGGACUGCCUACCGCCGCAGCCCUGGGCCGGCCCCCGCCCGGCCUCGCUAUGCCUGCUGCCCCGGCUGGAAGAGGACCAGCGGGCUGCCCGGGUCCUGUGCAGCAGCAAUAUGCCAGCCACCAUGCCAGAAUGGGGGGAGCUGUGUCCAGCCCGGCCGCUGUCACUGCCCUGCAGGAUGGCAGGGCGACACCUGCCAGACAGACGUGGAUGAGUGCAGGGCUGGAAGGGGCGGCUGUCCCCAGCGCUGUGUCAAUACCGUGGGCAGUUACUGGUGUCAGUGCCGAGAGGGGCACAGCCCAUCUGUGGACGGGGCACUCUGCCUGCCCGGGAGAGGGGCCCCCAGGGUGGCCCCGAACCCCGCGACAGGAGUGGGCAGUGAGGUGAAGGAGGAAAUGCAGAGGCUUCAGUCAAGGGUGGACGUGCUGGAGCAGGUUCUUGCAAGAAGGAGGUGUGACAGUCCGACCCAGGCCCCCGCUCUGGCCACCAAGAGUCCGAGGACACCGGCCCCACCCUGCCCUGCCCUGGGCCCUGCCCUGCCACCUCUCCCACCAGGAAGGCCCCCCCUGCCCCGCGUGGGGAGGGGGCAGUGCGGGCCCUCCUGUGCGAAUCCAGCCCCAGCCCAGCCAGCACUCUGGCCUUGUGAGCAGAGCCCGGCCAGACCCCUGCGCCCCCGCAGCCGGCUCUGGGGGCCUGGUGGGCCCACGGCUGAGGAAGGUACGAGGGCUUCCUGCCCAGGGCUUGGCCCCUGUGCUGCUCACCAGGCAGCCCUGAUCAUCGUCAGAAUAAAAUAAGACUUGAGCCGCUGUGUCCGUGGAUGGAUU